AUGAUUCAUUCAGCAUAUCCAACCGAAGAAAAUUGGCAUUGGCAAUACCAUGGUCGUGCUGAUGAUUUAUAUAUGGCACCAAACCAACAAUACUAUGAAUACCAGCAAGUACCAGCAGCGGCAAUCCCACAAGUGGGGCAACCGAUGGGUAUAUUUCCCGAAUCCCAAAGACGAGUUUCUUGUAACAAUAAUGAAGAAUGGCGUGUUGGUGGACGAGCAAGAGAAUCAUGGAAAGUCGCUUUACCUCAUCAACAACAACAACCCAAACCAUUACCGCAAGAGCCACCUGCACCACCUCCACGUAGAUCAUUUGUGCAACAACAACAUCACGACCCGUAUUAUGGGUACGACUGGUCGGCUGCUCCCAUAGUCCCACAUCAGUUUGGCUAUUACACAGAUGAGCCAAUGUCAACCGAAUCAGAUACCACACAGGAACUCCCGACACCUGAGCUACAUGUUGAUCCUUCCCCGCCAGCAUCUUCCUCAUCAACAUCAUCCGCUCAUUAUGGUCCGCCAUCCUUGCCAACCGAGCAACAACAGCCAACCGAAAUGAAGAAAUCAUCAAAACCGGAAAACAACACCCGUCAAAUUACAGUACAAUCGAUAAACAAAGAACACAUGGUCUGGAUCAAGAUCGAUACAACAGAAACGGGUUUAUCGCUUGCAAACAAAAUUCACACCAUUGCCACGUUUCGUACUCGCAAGAUUGUUUCCAUUACUACAGCAGCUGGACGUACAAUACCAUUGGAUCAUAGGCCUGUAUUUGGCAGCUGGAUGGAUAUGGACGAUUUCAAAAAUGGCGAAGAGUGGAAAGUUGAAUGGUGCGAAUUGGACAAAGGCUUGGUGGAUCGUUUGGUCUCCAAGUUUAUCCAGGUCAGCGGCAGUCGUCGAAAAUAA